AUUGAUAAUCAAAAUGAGCGGUGAAAAGGACGUUAUGAUUGCCUACUUGUUGUGGUUCUUUGUGGGUAUGCUUGGUAUUCAUAGAUUCUACUUGGAUUCACCAGUGAUGGGUAUUGUUUACUUCUUAACCGGUGGUUUAUGUGGUAUCGGUUGGUUAAUUGAUAUCUGUUUAAUUCCGGGUAUGGUUGAAGAUUGCAAUAGACAAUUCUCUACCAUUCAUCACACUACCACCACUACCUAUGUUACUACUUCACCAACUCCUCAACAACCAAUGUAUGGUUCAGGCUACAGUCAACCAACUGUUUAUCAACAACCAACUACCUAUGUUUAAAUAACAUGAAGCAUCAUUCUAACAAUUCAUUAAUAACAACAAAUAUUUGGCUUAUUAGAGUUUCAUCUAAUUUUCCAAAAAUUGCAAUAAUAAAAAAACAAAUCUAUUU